UUUGGUUACUCCCUUUGCGGCCAAUAACGAUUCCCAAUACACACUUCGGUGUUCGGUGGGUAUUGUGCAAGUCAUAGUAAAAAUAGUGCCCACGAGCCAAGGUCGCAUCACGCAUCGCGCGCGCCCGGUUUCAUUCGUUCAACAACCGCCGUGGUGAAGUGACGCUUUCUUUAGACUUCCUCGUCCGACGAAGAAUCCCAGCAGUAGUGCUGCUUUACGAUCAUCAUGGAGCGUUGGAUAAGUCGUGUAGCUGUAGUGACCGGUGCUAGCUCCGGUAUUGGUGCUGCGAUCGUAAAGGAUCUAGCCAAAACCGGUAUGGUGGCAGUCGGUCUGGCACGACGCGUCGAGCUCAUCGAGCAGCUACGGAAGGAUGUGCCGGAGGAUGCGGCCAAGCGGUUGCACGCGAUCAAGUGCGAUGUGUCCAAUCAGGAUGACAUCGAUGCGGCGUUCAAGCAGGUGGAGGAUCAAUUUGGUGGGUGUGAUGUGCUGGUGAACAAUGCCGGUAUCGUCCGGACUGUUCCGCUGCUGGAUGUGAACAACUCGGCCGACAUCAAGUCUGUUCUGGCCACCAACGUGACCGGACUGGUGCUGUGCAGCCAACGGGCAUAUCAAUCGAUGGUGAAACGGUCGGUUGAUGGGCAUAUCAUUCACAUCAGCAGCAUCGUGGGCCACAUGGUACCGAAUCAUCCGAACCUGAACGUUUACCCUGCCUCGAAGCACGCCGUCAAGGCCAUCACGGAGACGAUGCGCCACGAGAUGCGAGAUGCUGGCAAGAAGAUCAAAGUGACGAGUAUUAGCCCCGGUGGCGUGAGGACAGAGAUUCUGCAAGGUGUUGGCCUUCCGGCAGAUAUGCCGCUACUCGAUCCACACGACAUCUCCGAAGCCGUACUGUACACGCUGGGCACUCCGCCACGAGUACAGGUGCACGAAAUCAUCAUCAAGCCGGCCGGCGAGAGAAUUUAAACAAUCAUUACCGUGUUACUCAUUUUCAUUCUGUUCUAAUACAACCUUUGGCCUAUAAGGCCACAAAUGUCUCCCAGUCAAUACGACUUACAUAAUUUCGUGGCCUCUAUUACCUGUGCAGAAGGGAGGGUAGAAACGGGUUAUCUGGUGUUCGUGAUGUUAUCCAGAAACAAUCGACCGUAAAAGCAUAAUUCAACUACGCACCCGGUGCUGUGCUGAUAAGAUAGCGUAAGCAAGUCUGUCACAGACCAUCUGCUUGGGGGUAUGCGUGCCGUGACAUUUCACGCUUCACGCACCGGUGUGUCUGUGUAAAUGUAUCGCUUCUAUUCGCGCUGCUUAAAACCGUGAUGUUGAUUAGAGAGAAUGAUCGAGACCGCGGUCCCUCCCGAGGGGUGGUUGCUGACCUUGAAUGAGUGUUGUGGCCAUGCUUGCGUGAUUCUGGCGCAAGUGUAUCGCGCAGACGGGCCCGCUGGGACUGGGAGAAGAAGGAAGUUUGAGGCUGGUUUGCGAAGAGCAUCGAUCUGUAUGUUUUCUUAGCGAAACGAAAUGCAGAAAGCUAACACGAUCCAGUUAUGGUGUGUGGUGGUCGUGUAUUGGCUUGUAAGGUCAUGGUCAGACGAACCGCGAAUAGAUUAUUCCAAGCGUAUCGUUGGAUUUCAAUCCAAUAUAGGUUCUCCAGUAAAUCCUGUUGAUGACUUUUGCUGCUAUUGAGCAAAUAUUAAUUCAAUUCCAAACUUCCUUGGAAGUAAUACAAAAUUUUAAGGCAUUUCUUUAAAGUAUUUAAAAUAAUUUAUCAUGCCGUGAAAGGUUUGGAUAAUAUUGGCCGUGACAUGGGUAAUAUAAAAGGCUACUGAU